UUCAUGGAAUGUUGGCAGAUUCGGGAUCUAUUGUAUUGUCAAGUUAUUUAAAUUCUCGUCAGAACAGCUGUUUUUUCUGCAAUGGUCGACUACAGUAAAUGGAAAGAUAUCGAGAUUUCCGAUGAUGAGGAUGAUACACAUCCGAACAUCGAUACACCGUCUCUCUUCCGAUGGCGACACCAAGCCAGAAUGGAAAGAAUGGCUGAACAUGAACGCGAGAGGUCGAAGAUCCAGAAGGAGAAGAAAGAUUUCGGAUUAUGCGAAAGACCCUACUUCGUUGCUUUUGUUUUAAGAAUUCUCAGCAAGAAAGAUAUGUUGCGCUUGAAAAUGAAAGAAGCUGCUGAGCAAGCGGCACUUCCGACGCUAUCUGAGCUUGAACGUGAGUUGGCAGAAAUCGAAAAAGAUGAGGAGCGAUUUAGAAAAUUGGAGGAAGAAAUCGAAAAGAAAGAAAAGCUCGCGCCCUGGAAUGUCGACACAAUCUCUCAAGAAGGCUUCACGAAGACAGUCAUCAACACCGGAAGCAAGAAGAAAGAUGAUGAUUUGACCGAAGAAGAACGCGAGCGACUAACGCAGAAGUUUUACCAGGACAACGAGAGUCUAUUGAAAAAGUAUGGCAUGUUGAAGCGAUUCGAAGAUUCGAAAAAAAUUCUUACGGAACAUCCCCAGCUCGUUUGCGAAGACACGGCGAAUUACCUCGUGUUAUGGUGCAUCAACCUGUGCAUCGAAGACAAAGAACAUCUGAUGAAUCAUGUCGCUCAUCAAGUCAUUUGCAUGCAAUUCAUCCUGGAACUCGCGAAGCAGUUGGACUUGGAUCCCAGAUCCUGCGUCACGUCUUUCUUCAACAAAAUUCAAAUGGCUGACGAACAGUAUCAAGUCGGUUUUGAAAGUGAACUCACUGCAUUCAAAGACCGUGUCAAGAAACGUGCUGAAGAGAAAAUCCGCAUCGCAACGGAACAAGUCGAGGAAGAAGAGCGACAGAAAAGACUCGGUCCUGGUGGUUUGGAUCCCGUCGAAGUGUUUGAAGCUCUACCACCAGAGCUUCAGAAAUGUUUCGAAUCGAAAGACACUGAACUCUUGAAGAAAACGCUCGCGGAGAUGCCAGUUGAAGAGGCGAAAUACCAUAUGAAGAGAUGCGUCGACUCCGGGAUGUGGAUUCCGCCUGCGGACGAAGACGAGCCUGUUGAUCCGUGAAUUUUUCGAAUGGUGUCUAUGAAUUCAUGCAUGAUCGAUUCAUCCUCUGCUGAUUUCAUUCGUCCGUGGAUAUGCGCCAAUUCUUUCGUUUCUCGAAUUUUUCUUCGUUUAGCCUCGCUGAAGUUUGGUGAACAACUAGCAUCGAUUCCAUUUGUAAAAA